AUGAGUACGACCAUUGAUGCUAUCUUCUGCUAUCUUACCAAUACUACCGAAUUCGCAAACAAUGGGCGUACCAUCAGCAACGAAGAUGCUAACACAAGGUUUUGCGGCGAACAAAAUAGGUACUUGGACUACGAGAAAGCAAUUCACAAAGUUGGAAGUCCAAGAGUGCAGUUCGUUACCGUACGAGACCCUUUGCAAAGAUUCAUCAGUGGCUAUGUGGACAAAUGCGUGCGUUGGAAGCUCUCCCCAUACGACCAAAGGAUCAAAAAGGCGAUCGGAUCUUGA